AUGGGUCCAGUAGAGAUUUGGGUAAUUUUAACAAUUUGUUGUAGUAUUUACUAGGGUUGUUAAGGUUGGAAUAGAGAGUUAAAGAGUGGCUGAAUUACUCUUUUAAUUUGUAAAUUACUGAGUAAUAUUGAAGAAUAUAUUAGACUCAGAAAAGAAUGGUGAUUCUAAAUUUAUCUGCUAAUUUAAAUACGAUUUAUGAGAUAGAAAGGUUGUCAAUAAUUUAUUUUAAACAAAUUAAGAAUAGAUGGCUUCUUUGUAACAAAUGGACAGUAGAUCAAUUUCAGAGUUUUAGAAUGGUUUAAAGGAAUCUUAGAGUGAUUUAAAAAUUUCUUAAUGCUAAAGAAUUGUGGAAGAAAAGGGUAAAAAAUAUAUGAAGGUGAGUUUCAACACAAAGCAAUAACUCUAUUACAUGGUGUAAAGAUAGGGGAUGAAAAUAAAGGAUGUAUAUAAUAAAAGUUAAUGAUUUGAUUAGGCAGCAGAAAUUUUGGGUAUUAAAUACGCAACUGCAAAGACAAUUAUAUUCCUUCAGAGAGAGAAGAGGAGAGCAAAAAGGAAAUGCGGUGAAAGAAUGUGUGGAUAUACUGAAAUAAUUGGAAAAAAGGUUUCACGUGUGAAAAUAAUUUGCAUAAUUGCAAAUGAGAUUGUGCAAUAAGAAGAUUACAAAUUGUGA